UUUGUGCGCGCAAGUUGGAAAGUCAUAAAAAUGGAUUUCGCUAAAGCAAGGCAAAAUGAUUUUUAUUUCGAGAGAUUUGCAAAUCGUCUUGUGUGGCAGUGCAAUAUAUGUGGACAGCGGAUGAAGGUUCGGGGUGAAGAUAGGCCUUAUAGAUUGGCAAAGCACUGGCGUGAAAAUCAUAAAAGUCAAUGUCGCAAUGAAACAGAAAACCCUAGUUCAUCGCUUGGAUGUGAAGAAGGAAUCGAAACUGGUGACGUCAAAAAUCCCUCUACCCACUUAGAUCUUUCUGAUCCAGUAACUCUGCUGAGUUAUCGCUGUGCCUUGGGAGAAAAGUCGUACAGCGAUGUUAGCUUCUGGAGGGACAAUAUUGCCGAUGUCUUAGAUUUGAUGGGUGAAUCAUCAGCAGCUGAACGGCUCAGGAGGCUGCCAUUGUCUCGGUUCACAAUUGGCAGACGCGUGGAAGAGCUGGGAACAAUUUUGGAUGAUGAUUUACACGAAAAGCUCGCUAAAUGUUCAUAUUUCUCACUUUGUCUGGACGAGUCGAUUGAUAGGACGGAUGCAUGUCAUCUUAUGAUUUUUGUCCGUGGGAUUUUACCAGAUUGGUCAAUUUUUGAGCAAAUGCUUGACCUCAAACAACUAAUUAAGACCACUGGGAAAGAUGUUUUUACGGCAGUCCAGGAAGCCCUAUGUAUUGCUGGAGGUGAGAACUUGAAGGAGAAGCUCGUCGCUAUUACCACCGAUGGGGCAGCUGCCAUGAAGGGUCCACUUAAGGGCUUCCGGGGCCGCAUGGUAAGAGAAAUGCCUUACCUCCAACACUUUCAUUGCAUUUUGCAUGAAGAAGUGUUGUGUGCGAAGACUCUUUCCCUGCAGAAGACAAUGGACAAAGUCAUAAAAAUUAUCAAUCGACUACGAGGAGGAAAGAACUCCCAAACCCAUAGGCUCCUGCGAGACUUUUUGGAAAAUAACGGAGCGGAAUUCCGUGACCUGUUAUUAUAUACCGACAUACGCUGGCUUUCGAAAGCAGCAGCACUUGAAAGAUUUUUCAGGUUGCGUCACCUCAUUGUCAUGUUUGUGUCAAUGGAACAAAUUUCGUUCAAUGACGACAUACUGGAAGAUCUUCAGGAUGGCAGUACUUCGUUCUGGGAGGAAGUCGCUUUUUUAUGUGACAUCACUGGCCAUCUGAACAAGCUCAAUCUUCAGCUUCAGAUUUCUGGAUAUUUCUCUUUGGAUUUCCUUGAGCUCAAGAUGAAAGUUAUUUGAACCGCAACGAAGUAUGGAAAACAUAAUAGCACCCCCAUAUUUAAGUGUUCCCGCAUUGCAGCAGAUUGUGAUAUUAAGUUUAAAUAAGUUGAA